AUGAAUAGAAGAAGAUAAUUAUAAUUGAACAAUGCUUAUGAGAGAGUGUAGGAAAUAAAGAAAAAGAUUCAAAAGAGUUAAACCGAAUAACCGCGAUUCCCUUGGCAACUUAUGUAAUUAAUGUGUUAUGAAGAAAGGUUCCUUUACAAAAUUUACAUGAACUUGAAUUUAACUUAAAUACCUCAAGCGAUUCCAUCUUAUCUAAAGGUAGUGAAGGCAAGGAAGCCGAAAAAUUGGUUUGAUGACAUACCGAUUUUGGUAGGAGUGGAUGAAAUCCCACAGCCAGAGUAAAUAUUUAUAAAGAAGAAUAGAAUUUGCGCAAUAUGUUUAUCAGAGAUAAAUGACAAAAACUUAAUCAAAAUUCUAAAAUGCAAUCAUUACUUCCAUAAUGAAUGUAUAAAGGAUUGGCUGAUAAUAAAAGCAGAGUGUCCCACUUGCAGAAACAAAAUUGAAUAAUAUUGA